AGUUCCAAGUUUUUUCCUGUUCUUUCCCUUCCAUGUCCCUCUAGAAGUUGGCCUUCCGCUGUUUGUUUUAAUUCCCAGGAAUCUCAUCGUCUUCCCCUGCAAAUCUUCUCUGAUCCAAAGAAAGUAUCUUCCAUCAAUCCAUUGAAUAUCGCUGAUCCUACACAAUCUGGUUCUGUAAUGUUUGAUCACAUUCAUGUCUCCAGUCAUUAGUGAAAUCCUCCGCUCGGGGAUUAUCGUAAACUCCGCCCUUAGGCGCAUGAGCCCCUUGGCUCAGUCUUUCUCUGUCGUCUUCCUCCAUUGGUUCUAUGUCUUUUCAUGAAUCGCUUGCCGCCCUUGCCAUAAUAUUACUGCACUGAAGUAUACAUAACCAUAUUUUAAGCUUUUGGAGUUGUCUUUGUGCAUAUCUUUGUUUUGCAAGUUAAAUAUUGUCUCUCAGAAUUUAGGAAGAAACAUAUAAAGCAAAAUCAUGAUGAUGGGCUCGCCAAGUGGGAAUUCGUGCUUGUCCAACACCAGAUUCCAUCAGAGUUUAGGAUCUGAAGAGGAGUUGUUGCAGCUUGAGAUGUUGGAGAGGAAGAGGAAGAGGAUGGAAGCGAAUCGUGAAUCGGCAAGGCGAUCUCGGGUGCGAAAGCAGAAGCACAUGGACGAUAUGGCGGCGCAACUGGUUGAGCUGCGAAAGGAAAACAGCGAGCUCGUCGCCAGCAUAAACAUGGCGAUGCAGAUGUAUCAGAAUGUGGAGGCUGAGAAUAGCGUUCUGAGAGCCCAGAUAGCUGAACUCACCCAAACCCUUCGAUCUCUGAAUCAUAUCAUCGACCUCGUCAGCACAAGAACAAGAAGCACCAGCGAGGCAUCGUUGAACUUCGUGAAUCCCAUGAAUAUGUUUUCGAGUCACAGUCAACCCAUAAUGGCUUGUGCAGCAGACAUGUUUCCAUGUUGAGAAAUAUGUGGGUUGAUUAGAGUGUUGGUGGGGGUGGGGGUGUUUUGUUAUGGGGAGGACCGGGGCUCUCAUUUGUAAUAUCUUCUUUUCAGGUCCUUCGUUGUUUAUUAGCUUAAGGUGAGAGAUGAACGUUGCUGAUCUAACUAGUGUGUUUGUAUUUGUAUAUAUAUUGUGAUCAUGUGGCUUUUCUGUGUAAGCUUGUCUUCAUUACCGUA